UCUCAGUGCUAAGGCAUUCGCACCAAAUAAUCAAAGUUCCUUUCGGAUCUUCUUCUUUAAUCAGAGAAUAAGAUUAGAUAGCCAAUGAAAUAGACAAUAUGUGGGGCAGAAGUUGAAUGGUUGAGGUGUAGGACUGCAAUAUAGUACAGACGGAUCCAAACCUGGCUUUCAUUUCUCAUCCAUCCUCUUUGUUUUUUUUUUUACCCCACUUUUUGAGAAUUUGGUUGAACUAUUUUCCUGACUUAUUGUUUCUGCUCCAUGAGCUACAUUAGAAUAAUAUAUUUCAUGUCAUCAUUCUAAUCAAUACUGACUUUUAGUUAUAGCCUUUAAAUUUUAUCGUGUGUUUAUCCUCUCAGACAAACCUCUUAUGUAGACAUAUUUUGUCGUCACGAACUUCCCCUUUCUUCAUCUUCUCUCCUUUGUUUAGCCACUUUAAUCCCAUACUUGUUGAUUGAUGAGGUGGAAGCCUUAUCUGUAACUGUAAUUUACUAAUUUCAUGUACUUAUUUGGCAUCCGUUUAAGUUCGAUCGUCUUAUGCUAUUAAUGGUUGUUAAUUGUUUGGUGAACACUGGUUUCUUGUUGCCAGAUAUAAUUUUUGUGUGUGUAGAGACUUGAAUUUACACACACAAAUAUGUCGGUUUGCUUUUAGGUUAUGAACUGAGGGUAGAUCUCGUGUCAUCUUUGCAAUCGCAAUAAACCACAGCAUCACCACUUAAAUUGAUACACAGAUGUCUUCUUCUUUCACUGAUCCUUGUGGUUGCGAAAAAUUGUGCUCCGGUCUUAUUUGUUCCAGGAAAAAAACAAGCAUCGAGAAUUUUCCAAUUGUCUAUGGGGUGUGGAUUGCAUGCCGUUGUGCAAAUCCAUAGACAUCAGAGAAUCAAAAUGAAUGUUCACUUCUUGAAUUUACCUCUGAGCAGGAGCUUCUGUCAGGCAUUGGGAUUUGAAUGUACUUCUGCAAAAGAAUGAGCAUAGUUGCGCUGCUUCUCAAUCUUCAACUAGCAUUCCCAGGAGGCACAUAAAAGAGCACAAUUUUUUAGGGUUUCAAUUUCUUGGAGAACCGGAAAAGCAAUGUUGGUGACUGCACCGAUGACUUUAGCAAGCCUGCUGUUGACUGAUUAUUGAAGAGUUUUUCGGCUUUUUUUGACACCCCACUUUGAUUUACUUUGACUAAAGCUUUUUCUUUGCUGGCCGAGAUGUUGUCUGCUCUCUGGUGAUUUUUCUUGUUAACUGGCUGUAGUUGGCCUUAAUGGUCAAGACAUGUUCUGCCUUUUUUCUGUGGCUUUUGUCAAUUUCAAGUUUGAUAUUUGUCUGCAAAUUCAGCUACCUGGAUUCCACGGUUGUUUAGACCUGGUCCCCAAAGCCAAAUCUUGGAGUUGGGGAACGAGGGUAUCAAUCAUUGGGAUGAGCAUUUUUGCCUUUCACGAGUUCUCGUAUGGACCCGGCGCAUUGGAGCUGAUUAUAUGCAAGCAACUUUGAAUAUGACGAGUCUCAUGUGAGGUCAUAUGAUUUAGCAGUUCGAAUGUGCUGGGCGAGUGACAUGACUUUCAUGGGCCAUUCCUCCCAUUGUAAAUCGUUUGUCCUUCUACCAACCUGAACAUCCUUUGUCUGAUGAAAAUGAACGAAACUACAGUAUAAAUGCACAGAAAUAGGAGAUGCAAUCUCUUGAGAUUAUAGUAGUUCCCAUGAUCUUUUAAAUCAGAUAUUUAUUUUCUAGAGAGCCCUAAGCAAGAAUUCCGAUGCUUGCUUGCACUCUCCUUUUGGCUGGUGCAACUACCUUGACGGCACUACUUAUCAACUAGAGCAAGAUGGUCUGUCAAUCUUGGUACACGUUUAAGCCUAUCAAAUUCUGAUUGAUUCCCAUUCUGUGCAUGAAGAGAUCGAUUUCAUAAUUACAUGUUGGUGUCAGCUGGCUUCGGACAAGCAUAUGGAAAAGCAUUGAUUGCUUCAAUAAAAUCUUAACCAUCAACCCUCUCAGUCAACAACAACAGACCAAUAUGCUCAAGAAGAAAAGAGAAAACAAAAAAAAAUUAAAGCUGCAGAAAAGAGAAUGAGGUUGAACAAGAAAAGGAAAAGGGUGGAAUGAAGUGAACCCUCCUCACUAGAGACCACUUCCCUCUUCAGCUUCACAUCUCUCUUUUUUUUCACUGCUUUCCACGCCUCUCCCUAUUUGUCUCCUUUUUCAACACCACCUUCUAACUUCUUUUUUUUGUCUCUUUGAACAAAGUUUCAUUCCUCCACAUAUAAUCUUGCCCUGUACUUGCCCAUUCUUGCCAGCCUUAACCUACACAGCUUCUCUCACAAGCCAAAUCAGCAAUUUUUCUUUUUGCAGCUUCUAUCUCAUUUCUGAUCAGGAACCCACCAUCAGAAAGCCUUCCAAUCCACACCCACUUCUCAGGAUUAGAAGUGUCAUCUAGAGUUAACACAUAUUUCAGAAUCUCUUUAGCUUCUUAUGGGGUCUGUGGGAAACCCAAAAACUUGGGUACCAUUCACAUACACAAACACAAGAGACUGUUCACAGGGCUUUUGCAGUGUGUACUGUCCACAGUGGUGUUACAUCGUCUUCCCGCCGCCGCCGCCGCCGCUCGAUUUCUCGGAUGGAAACUCAGGUCCUAGACUCUCCCCUCUUGUGAUUGCGAUAAUUGGAAUCAUGGCAAGCGCUUUCCUACUCAUGAGUUACUAUGCCUUAAUUUCAAAGUACUGCGGCAACACUGAGAAUAGGAGGAGAGAGGACCAAGAGCCCAAUGCACAAUUAGAAGAUGAUCACAACCCGGCGGUCCACGAGCCAUGGCAGAUUGAGACAAUUGGAUUGGACGAGGCGGUGAUCAAGUCAAUCACGGUGUGCAAGUACAGGAAAGGUGUUGGGUUGAUCGAAGGGACUUGCUCGGUUUGUCUCAGCGAGUUCGACGAGGACGAAAGCAUAAGGCUUUUGCCCAAAUGCACACACGCGUUUCACAUCCCAUGUAUCGAUACAUGGCUCAGGUCCCACUCUUCUUGCCCCCUGUGUCGUUCCGACAUAGUUUUUGUCAGUGCUUCACCAGUUCAAUUACCUUCUUUGGUGGCUGAAAGUUAUCUGGGUGAUCGUAAUUGUUCUUCGGAGGGAAGCCAACAGGUAAAUGAAAGUUCAGCUGAUGCACAAAAUUCAGAAAGGCUUGAAAAGGAAGAGGAAAUAGCAAGCGUAAAUCCUGCAUCUCGUAAGAGACCCUUUCGAGUUUUUAGUGAUCUAGGGUGCUGGGAGAAUAGGCACACUGUAAUUGAGAUAGGCGACGAAGGUGUCAGACGGAUAACAAGAUCUGUUUCGAUGGAUCAUUCAUGUCAGACCCUGGUUACGGUUGCUGAUGUGAUUCACCACCCAGAAGAAGAAGGCCUUCCUGUCGAAAAAUUCUUCAGUGAUGCAGGAUCAUCAGAGCCUUCAUUAGGAGAGCUAAGCAGGUCUGGCCGCACUAGAAAGCUCUUGGAUUGUCUAAUGGGCCCGGCGUCGAUGAAAAGAUCGUUUUCAAGCGGGAGAUUGCUGCUGAGCAGACAAGGAAAUGUAAAAUCUGCAACCAUUCCUAGUUGAUAAUCAUCUUAAGACAGAGUCUAAGUAAGUCGUCGAUUAGAUCUGCUCUGCCUGAAGUAAAAUUUUAAUGGUCAUGGUACAUUUUACCUGGUAAAGCAUAAGUUUGGAGAUCCGACCAAAGAAAGAAAUUUUGCAAGAGAGGAUGUGCCUCCAUAUGAAAUCUACUUUGAUGCUCUAUUUAUUUUACUUUCUGUCAUGAUC